GCGGAUCGAUGACGUCACCGGGCGUUUCCGCCCGGGUGGAAGCCCGGGGAGCUCAUCCCGGGCGAGCGCGGGCCGCGGGUCUUCCCUUUCUGAGCCGGCUGUGAGCUGAGGGGCACCUGAGCCGCGGUCCUAGGAUGGGAAACAGUGCCCUCCGCGCUCAUGUGGAAACCGCGCAGAAAACUGGUGUCUUUCAGCUUAAGGACCGUGGACUGACCGAGUUCCCCUCAGAGCUGCAGAAGCUGACCAGCAAUCUAAGGACCAUCGACUUGUCCAACAACAAGAUCGAGAGCCUACCGCCUAUGAUUAUAGGGAAGUUCACUGUGCUGAAGAGCCUCUCCUUGAACAACAACAAACUGACUGUUCUUCCUGAGGAGUUAUGCAAUCUGAAAAAAUUAGAGAUGCUAAGCCUGAACAACAACCACUUGAGAGAGCUACCAUCUACCUUUGGGCAACUGGCAGCCCUCAAGACCCUGAGCCUCUCUGGGAACCAGCUUCGAGCACUACCACCACAACUCUGUAGCCUCCGGCACUUGGAUGUGGUGGAUCUCUCCAAGAAUCAGAUUCGGAGCAUACCUGACAUAGUAGGGGAGCUUCAGGUCAUCGAACUCAAUCUCAACCAGAACCAGAUAUCACAGAUCUCAGUAAAGAUCUCUUGCUGUCCUCGCCUUAAAGUUCUUCGCCUGGAAGAGAACUGUCUUGAGCUCAGCAUGCUUCCACAGAGCAUUCUCAGUGAUUCCCAGAUAUGUCUGCUUGCUGUGGAAGGCAACCUUUUUGAAAUAAAGAAACUUCGAGAACUGGAAGGAUAUGAUAAGUACAUGGAGAGAUUCACAGCCACUAAGAAGAAAUUUGCAUGAUGUUCUCCAGGAGUGCGGGAAACUUACAGGACACUGACAUAGAAUCUCUUGCAAUCUGGCUGACUCAGAGGCUCCUGUUGUCAAGGAUUAUCUGCAGUAUGGAGAUGAUGCUCCUGCAGAUAAUAUUUCUGUGAUCUUUUUCCUUUCAGGGCUCGUCUUAAGCAAGCUAAAAAAUCAAGGGACAGUGAGUCUCCUCCAUUUUGAGUCAUGGGUAGGAUAAAGGACAGUGUUGAUCAUCAAAACCAUCAUUAGUCUGGGUUUAAGAAAAUCAGUAGCUCAUUACUAUUUACACAAUGAAGGAUGCUGCUUGGUAACAGAACCACUCCAUAUCACAGCUUGAAAUUUCAUGUUUAGUUUCGGUGUAUGAGCGCUUUCAUAAAGUCAGUUGCCAUUCCACCUGUGUUAACAUUUCAUAUUUUUAUGAAAUUUAAAUAAUUUGUGAGAGGCUACCAUGGUUAAUCUAAGGGCUUAUGAUUUUAUUUCAGUCCAUCAGUUCAAAUGCAGUGUUUAUACUUGGGUGUUAGAAUGUACAUAAAUAUGUGACUGUCUUGAUUAAAAGUGUACUGUGUCAGAGAAAGCACCAACACAACACUAAGAGAUGUUCCCCAAGGCUGCAGUAGCAAAUUUUUUACUAUUGCAUGUGCCUUAUUGGUAGGGGGCUCUGAAGAGCUAAAAUCAUAUAUGCAAAACUUGUAAGAUACAAAGGGUUGUCAUAAUCAAGAUUUUCCUGAAGCUUUGUUAGAAAUAAUCUUAUUUCUGAUAAUCCUUUUCCCUUUUUGUAUUUAUAAUUCUAAUCAAAUUACCUAUCAAAACUACUGCUACAAUAUUUUAAAAUAACCUAUGUUUAUAAAGUUUAUUCUCUGGAUGCAAGAAUACACUAAAUAAAGAAUUUUUAAUGAA